AUGUCCGGUAGUUUCGAUGCGCCCACCACCGACGGUCAACGCUGCGAGCCCUUCCGCCUAGCAAGAGUAGAUAUCGAGGAACCAGGGGACUACGUCCUUUCAGCUCAGGUCUCUUCUGUCACGGAUACUGAAGAAGCCGUCUGGCUCUUCGACUAUUUGACGUACGAACCUGCGUUCUCGACGGUGGCCGACAAGCCCCAGUGGAACGUCACCGAGUUGGCCUACUGGCCAGAUAGCAACAAUGGUGACAGGAUAAAGAAGAUUCUUGUUCCAAGCUUGUCGGCUGCUGCUGGGUUCUUCGUCAUUGUUGGAAUUAUUUGUUAUGGAGUAAUUCUGUGGAAGAGGAAGGCCAAGAGAGCGGCGAGGUUACACUACUGA